AUGUCGCAGACUAUAGGCAAAACGCGCCUAGCCUACUCCCGAGCAUGGCACCACGUCUCCCUCUCCACCCCGGACACACCUCCCCUAGGCCGCCUCGCUUCUCAAAUCGCCAUCAUUCUCAUGGGCAAGCACAAACCGAUCUGGGACCCAUCGACAGACUGCGGAGACUACGUGGUGGCUACCGGUUGUACCGACGUGUACGCUACUGGGAGGAAGAUGCAACAGAAGCUGUACUACAAGCAGACCACGAGGCCCGGAGCGCUGAAGUCGUUGAACAUGGAGGGUAUGAUGAGGAAGUGGGGAGGAGGGGAGAUCUUGAAGAGGGCGGUCAGUGGGAUGUUGCCGAAGAACAAGCUGAGGAAGCCGAGGUUGGAGAGGCUGAAGGUUUUUGAAGGAGCGACACAUCCAUACAAAGAAAACCUCAUCAAAUUUGAUGGGCGGCUACGAAGAGAAGAGCCAGAAGUGAAGAGGGAGAUAUUGAAGAAAAAGUCAAUAUAG